AUGCUGUCGUCGUCAUCAUAUCAAUUAUUGUAUUAUACAAUUGGAUUACUCCUUUUAUUCCAUUCAGGUUAUUCAUCAUUUGAAUUCCAUAAACUUACAACCAUAUCUCAUCAUUCAACUUCAUUACCAUAUGAUAUAAUCAUUGAAUCUAUAGUUGGGAUUAUCAUAAUUAUAAUUGGAAGUAUAAUAUCAAUAGAAAACCAACCAUUCUUAACUAUAGAUAAUGAAGUAGUUUCAAGUGAUGCUAAAUAUUUGAAAUUUAUAGAAAUGAAACAAAGUGUUCAAUUGAGUGAAAAGGUUGGGAUUAAUGAUUAUGAAGAAUUGAAUAGUAGAUUACCAUUUGUAAAUAUCAUUAAAAAGAGACAAGAAUAUCAUGAUUGGAUUAAAUGUCAGUGA